AGUUUGGUGAUGAAUCACAUGCAUACAAACAUUCUGUCAAUAUAAACCCACCACAAGAAAGCCUGGGUUCUUGUUGCUGCCUCCUGAAGGCCCUCUGUUCUCUCUCCUAAAGAUCAGUGGGCAAGACUGACAUUAUGGAGCAGAGGAAUCAGAGUGGGAGGGUAAGUGAGUUUGUGUUGCUGGGCUUCCCGGCUCCUGCGCCACUGCGGGCACUUUUAUUUGCCCUUUCUCUGCUGGCCUAUGUGUUGGUGCUGACUGAAAACACACUCAUCAUUAUGGCAAUUAGAAACCACCCCACCCUUCACAAGCCCAUGUACUUCUUUCUGGCUAAUAUGUCCUUCUUGGAGAUCUGGUAUGUUACUGUCACUAUUCCCAAGAUGUUAGCUGGAUUUGCUGGGUCCAAACAGAGCCAGGGACAGCUAAUCUCCUUUGAGGGCUGCAUGACCCAGCUCUAUUUUUUCCUGGGACUGGGCUGCACUGAAUGUGUCCUUCUUGCUGUUAUGGCCUAUGAUCGCUAUGUGGCCAUCUGCCAUCCUCUCCACUAUGCUGUCAUUGUCAGCGGUCAGCAGUGUGUGCAGCUUGCAGCUGGCUCCUGGGCUGGAGGUUUUGGUAUCUCCAUGGUCAAAGUUUUUCUCAUUUCUCGCCUCUCCUACUGUGGACCCAACAUCAUCAACCACUUUUUCUGUGAUGUCUCCCCAUUACUCAAUCUUUCAUGUACUGACAUGUCAACAGCAGAGCUUACAGACUUUGUUCUGGCCAUUUUCAUCCUGCUGGGGCCACUCUCUGUCACUGGGGCCUCCUAUAUGGCCAUCACUGGUGCUUUGGUACGAAUUCCCUCGGCUGCUGGGCGCCAUAAAGCCUUUUCCACCUGUGCCUCUCACCUCACUGUUGUGAUCAUCUUCUAUGCAGCCAGUAUUUUCAUCUACGCCCGGCCAAAGGCACUCUCAGCUUUUGACACCAACAAGCUGGUGUCUGUACUCUAUGCUGUCAUUGUACCUUUGCUCAACCCCAUCAUUUACUGCUUACGCAAUCAAGAGGUCAAGAGAGCCCUACGCCAUACGCUACACCUAUACCAGGGCCAGGACGCUAAGCGCAGGAAAGCGAGCAGAGAUGGGUAGAAAAUGCUCUUAAACUUGGCAUCUAUAUCUUCUAUGAAGUCCAGAGGAGUUCUUAUGCCCUAAAUUAGGGACUAGGGCUCAAAAACACCACCAUGGAACUAAUCCAGAAGGAAGAAGAGGGAUGGAUUGCAAGCUGGCAGCUGGAUUUCUGCAGGACAGCACUGUAAAUACAUGUUAGAAUGUUCCAUGUUAUCUACUCUAUUGUAAUUUACAUAGAACAGGUUCACGAAUCAUGCAUCCUGAUGGGAUGAGAAGGAUUGCCUCUGAGCAGAAGACUGACUGCACUUCAAUAUUUAAAUAAGCAAACAAAUGCAGAACUAAUAUCUCCCUAAAUGGCCUUUCCUGGGUUUGCUCUUUGUCUUAGUUCUGUGGCUGAAGGUCAUUUAGAAAAGGAAAGCAGAAGAAGGAAGCCAUUCAAGGAAGCACAGGCUUCAUUAUGGAAUAGAAUUAGGAGACUUCUGGUUAAUCUCUUCUAGCUGCAAACCACUGACGAUAGCUUAUGAGGUAGCAGAGGUCCAGGUGAUUAUUUUAGUAUGAAUUACAAGGCAAGCAGAUAGGAAACGGAGAAGUUUUGUGUUAGCAACAUGUCACCUAGUGGACUCCAGGUAUUUCUAUAUCCAUUUCCUGAUUUACGUAGGUCAGUGCACACACCAAGCUAGUGACUAAGUGCACUUAUUUAAUAAAUCUGUUUUACUA